AUGGCGGCAAAACUACCACAAGACUGUCUGAGACAGAUAUUGGCAGAAUGUCAUGUUAAUGACGUUCCCCUAUACAAUUAUUUGUUUGUUAAUUGGUCGUGGUGUGAAUGUGUCACGCCGUUAAUAUGGCAGAAACCAUUUGAGCGAAAAGAUGGUACCGUUUUUCGUGAGGAAAAAAGUUUUCAAUUUAUUAGAACUUUGAUAACUUGUUUACCAGACGAUUCUAAAGAAUUUCUUCACGAAAACGACAUUCAAUUACCGCAUAAUAAUCGUAAAAUCCAAACCUUCGAUUACCCAGCUUUUAUCCAGAAAUUGGAACCACAACGUUUGAGAUGGGCAACACGAGAAUGGAUCGAUAGAUUAGCACAAACAUCACCAACGACGACUCCCAUAAUCGAUGAGAACAAACAACUACUUAAUCGAAAAAAUUUUAUUCUAUUACAAGAGAUUUUGAAAUUAUUAAUACGACGAGGAAAACGGCUUUCUAAAUUUGUCUUGUCCGAAACAUCUACUGCUUAUGAUGAUGGCGUAAACAUUCCAUUCUACUUGCUUCCAAAUGCACAAACCUUUAUGGAACAACUUAGGCUUUUAGUAUGUGUUUUUCCACACGAAGUCCCAGAUUCCACAUUUUAUUCACUAGCACAAUCAGCAACAAAUAUCGAAGCAUUUGACAUUUCUGUAAGGGACGAAAGUGAGGGCUUAAUUCAACUUAUACGGAAUCAACGUGGCAUAAAAGAACUAACACUUUCCGGUGAUCGGUUAAACCAUAAAUUUGAUGAAGCUUUAAAAGCGCACACACCAACAAUAACACACAUUGAAUGCUUUGAGACUUUGAGCAUAUCUCCAGACACGCUGAUUCAAUGUCGAAAUCUCAGAGUUCUUAACUUGUAUUGUAAAAUUCCUGAAAACACUUUUAUAAUUUUAGGAAAUGCGCAGUUCCCAUUUCUUACAAAACUUGAUAUACAGCUACGAAAUAAAUUGGAUCUAGAGCGUUUAAGCCGGAUCAUCCAGACAACCACGGGACGAAUGAAGGUUCUAAAACUGCAUUGGGACACAUUUGAUCCUGAAAAUACAUAUACGUUGAUUAAAGCUAUCGGCGAUUACUGUCCACGCAUUGUUGAACUAGUGAUUCCAAUCAAAUCUGAAGACGCUUCCGGAUUAGCUUUCUUACUUUCGAAAUGCUGUCACAUACGAUCAAUAAUGUUGAUUUCGAAAGCUGACAUCGUGCAAGAUGGAGAACAACUUGUUAUUGCAAUUGCCGAUAAUGCUUCGGCAGCAUUAAGAAGUUGCAUUAUUUGCGGUCGAUGGAAUUAUACACCCGAAGUCUGGCAAACAUUUUGUGAGCGACAACAAAGCAACUCGCCACCAAUCCGGAUCUCACUAAUUGAUAAAAUUAAAUUGAGCCCAGAAAUUACUAAAAUUCUGAGGGAUUAUACUAAAUCGGGGCGAAAUAUACUUUCGACCGUAGAAACUCCUCAGCAUGUACCAUCGGUGCUAUCCGAUAUUUUCGACUCUACCAGGAAGUUAAAGGUUCGGAAAAUCCGUCCCUUGACGAUCGGCACUACCGGUCAUAAUCCGACGGAAUAA